AUGUUAUCUAUCAAAUCCCUUCUAAAUCCUCAGCCUGAAAGGCGAUCUGCUUAUCCGUCCUUCCCUGCCCCACGUGAGAAGCGGCAGAAGAUGGCCAAGGACGCCCCAAUCUUUCGUCGUGGCAAGAUCCAGGGCGAGUGCCGCUAUCCUCCUUGCGAGGAAAGGGAUGCAGAGCUAGAGAAGGCUCACAGAGAACUCUCAUUACGUCCCAUGGGCAACAUUGCCGACUAUCCUCGUCAUAUCCCGUAUGCCAGCGACAAGAAAACCUUCCAAGAAAAGACCGGCCGAGACAGUUUCCAUGUCUUUCAAUACACAUUCCAAAUACCUGGCGAAGAAAAAGAAUGGCAUGUUAUGUGGGACUACAAUAUCGGCAUCGUUCGGAUUACACACCUUUUCAAAUGCAACGGCUACUCCAAGGCAAGUUCACAAGCCAAGAUGUUAAACCAGAACCCUGGCCUCCGCGAUAUCUGUCACAGCAUCACCGGCGGGGCACUUUCCGCUCAAGGAUACUGGAUGCCCUACGAAGCUGCCAGAGCCAUGGCAGCGACCUUCUGCUGGAGAAUCCGAUAUGCCCUGACUCCACUGUUUGGCACAGAAUUCCCAGCCAUCUGUAUCCCCCCAACGGACCGCAAAACUCAUGGCCGCAUGGUCAUCCCUCCAGAGAUCGUGCAGCGUGCCACAAACACCUCCAACUACUAUCGCUCUUUGGAGAUGAAGUCUAGCACCGAAGCCAGCCCCCCCGCAAACAAUACGCCUUCCUCAACACAUACCCUUCUCCAUGGUAUGGGAGUAUUGAGCCGACAAAACUCGUCCCUGACACUGCCCCCGCUCAAGAUUCCGCGUACCCAAUACGCCGAGAGUAACCCCAGUGCUCGGGACUCCUCUAUGGAGCCUUACUGCAUGUCGCCCAAGAGCCAGUCACCCAUGUCUACCUUCACGCCCAUCAACCCCCCGCGCAGCUCCAAUGCGAUCCCUCGCUCGCGGGUCGAAUCACCCCGCACUAUUCUCCGUGCUAUCUCAGAUGCUAUGCGCCCGGAGAAUGUCCCUGGGGGUAUCAGCGAAGACAGUGACACCGACAGCGAUGGCUCGUCCAACAUGUAUUCCACUCCAAACUGUCCUUCUGUGGAUGGACAUAUGGAAACGGACAAGCUCGGUGGCCUCGAGGAGCGCACCAACGCCGCUUCGGACGUCGCUGCCAUGCAAAGCGACUAUGAUGACCUAACUGACUCGGAUGAUGAUUGGCAAAUGGACGAUGCUGAUGAUGAAGACUACCGUGGACCCCCUCUCAAGAGGACCCUUGGUGGAGCUUCGCUUAGCAAGGUCGGUUCUAUAAGUCCCGAAUCCCAGACUAAGAAGUACCCCAGCCGGAAGUCCCGAGCUGCGCGUCCUCAGCCGUCGCCUCAUUUCACCCGCGAGGUAAAGGCCGCUGAAGCUCUUCUUCGUCUGCAUAUGAAUGAGCUUGAGAGCACCGGAACCGAGACAGAUAUGGACGAUGACGAGCCGAACUCACCUUCUGGUUCUCGCUCUCUUGAUGAUGACGAAUCUCGUGGUCGUAAGCGACGUCGAGCUUCGCUUUGA